UAAGUGCGCUAAUCUAAUAAGUAAAUAACGCAAAUUCCUACACGUUCUUAAUAUUGUUACUUAUUGUCACAAAUUCGCACAUAUAUUCGGUAUAAACCAUUUAAAAAAGUAAUUGGUCGUUAUUUUAUUAGUUGAAAGUACUUUAAGGGACUUUAAAUUUUGCGUGUUCAAAUUCAAAUUUAUGUGCGCGCCUUUAUAAAAAUGCGUAAAAAGAAGAUAAAAAGCUUUCCUAAAAAUGGCUAAACGAAUCUGCAAUUAUCAUGCACCUGUCAGUGUCAGUUGUUGGUUUGUAGGUUAUUUAAAUGAUUUCAACGAGUUUUCAUUAAUUUUGCAUUUAAUUUAAACAAAUUUGAGAAUUUUUAAUAAAAUGAUUUCAAAGUACCUGUGAAAAGUUUUGUUAUCAACACCUUUCGGCACAGUUAACCGUCAAAUAUUGGAGAGGUUUCUUAUUAAACACACCGCUUCUUUCUGGAUUUACAGAAGAUGUCUGAGAAACUAGAGACAUUAUCAAACCGUUGGAAUAAUCUUCGUAAAAUUUUAGAAAGGCCAGGUCCCUUUAGUCAUCCUGAUUUUGAGCCUUCUUUAGAAAUAAUCAAUUUUUUAAUGAACACAUGCAAGAUUCUAGUCAUCGGUGCAGGUGGUCUUGGCUGUGAAUUAUUGAAAGAUCUGGCCCUGAUGGGGUUCAGAGACAUUCAUGUUAUCGACAUGGACACCAUUGAAAUAUCCAAUUUGAAUAGACAAUUCUUAUUUAGACACAAAGACAUUGGUUUUCCAAAGGCUGAAGUGGCAGCCAAAUUUGUUAAUAGUAGAGUUAAGGGGUGUCAAGUAACGGCUUAUUUCAAAAAAAUACAAGAUUUUGAUGCAAACUUUUACCGUCAGUUUCACAUAAUAGUGUGCGGUUUGGAUUCCAUAGUGGCCAGAAGGUGGAUAAAUGGAAUGUUAAUAUCCAUGUUAAAUUACAAUGAUGAUGUACUAGAUCAGUCCAGCAUUAUUCCUCUGAUUGAUGGAGGUACUGAAGGUUUUAAAGGCAAUGCUCGAGUGAUUCUCCCUGGAAUGACAGCCUGUGUAGAAUGUACAUUAGAUUUAUAUCCUCCCCAAGUUACAUAUCCACUCUGUACAAUAGCCAACACACCCAGAUUGCCUGAGCAUUGCAUUGAGUAUGUUAAAGUUGUGCAAUGGCCUAAAGAAAAUCCCUGGGGAACAGCCCUAGAUGGAGAUGAUCCCCAUCACAUUAACUGGGUUCAUGAGAAGUCUCUGGAAAGAGCUCAACAGUUUAAUAUCACAGGAGUGACCUACCGCUUAGUGCAGGGGGUUGUCAAGAACAUAAUUCCAGCUGUGGCAUCUACUAAUGCUGUCAUAGCAGCUAUUUGUGCCACUGAGGUUUUUAAGUUGGCCACAAGUUGUUAUGUGCCAUUAAACAAUUUUUUAGUGUUUAAUGAUGUUGAUGGGAUUUACACUUAUACCUAUGAGUCUGAGAAGAAGGAGAACUGUCUGGCAUGCUCUCAAAUUCCUCAGACUGUUGUAAUAAAGGAUCCUGAGGAGGCAAAGCUAAAAGAUCUGAUACAGAUACUGCAGGAGGAUUCUAGGUAUCAAAUGAGAAGUCCUGGACUGAUAACAACCAUUGAUGGAAAAAAUAGGACUUUGUAUAUUUCAAGUAUCAAAAGUAUAGAGGAAAGGACUAGGGAAAAUCUGAAUAAAACAUUAUCUGAAUUAGGAUUGAAGGAGGGCUGUGAGGUGGCAGUUAGUGAUAUUACUUCACCCAAUACUGUUAUCAUUAGAUUACAUUUUCAGACUACAGAUGUUGAGAUGAAAAAGUUAAUUAAUUAAUUAUUAUAUUGUAAAUAAUAAUAAACAUUUGUGGAUAUUCAAUA